GAUGCCAGACGCCUGACUGGAGGCGGACCAAGCGGCCAGCUGCCUCUCUCCGGUCAGCCCGGCGCUUGGACCCCUCUCUCUCACCUGCUCUUCGUGGGGCAGCUGCCUCCUGCUCGUCCGGCCAUGCAGUGGCCGUGGCUGCUGGCCGUCUCUCUUGCUAUGGUGUUGGCCGCGGGGCUGAGCAGAGUGUCUGGGGGUGCCGCCCUGCACUCGGGCGGGCACAGAGCCGAGGCCCAGGAGCAGCAGAGCCGGUCCAAGAGAGGCACUGAGGAUGACGAGGCCAGGGAGGUGCAGCAGUAUGUGCCCGAGGAGUGGGCCGAGUACCCGCGGCCCAUCCACCCUGCUGGCCUGCAGCCCACCCAGGCCCUGGUGGCCACCAGCCCCAACCCAGACAAGGACGGGGGCAGCCCAGGCGGCAGGCGGGAGCCUCGGGGCAAUCUGACGGGGACGCCGGGUCAGAGGCUGCAGAUUCAGAACCCCCUGUACCCGGUGACCGAGAGCUCCUACAGUGCCUAUGCCAUCAUGCUCCUGGCCCUGGUGCUGUUCGCUGUGGGCAUCGUGGGUAACCUGUCGGUCAUGUGCAUCGUGUGGCACAGCUACUACCUGAAGAGUGCCUGGAACUCUAUCCUCGCGAGCCUGGCCCUCUGGGAUUUUCUGGUCCUCUUUUUCUGCCUCCCUGUUGUUAUCUUCAAUGAGAUCACCAAGCAGAGGUUGCUGGGUGACGUUUCUUGCCGGGCCGUGCCCUUCAUGGAGGUCUCCUCCCUGGGAGUCACCACCUUCAGCCUCUGCGCCCUGGGCAUCGACCGCUUCCAUGUGGCCACCAGCACCCUGCCAAAGGUGAGGCCCAUCGAGCGGUGCCAGUCCAUCCUGGCCAAGCUGGCUGUCAUCUGGGUGGGCUCCAUGAUCCUGGCUGUGCCCGAGCUCCUGCUGUGGCAGCUGUCGCAGGAGCCUGCCCCCGCCACGGGCACUGUGGACUCCUGCAUCAUGAAACCCUCGGCCAGCCUGCCCGAGUCCCUCUACUCGCUGGUGAUGACCUACCAGAACGCCCGCAUGUGGUGGUACUUUGGCUGCUACUUCUGCCUGCCCAUCCUCUUCACGGUCACCUGCCAGCUGGUGACGUGGCGGGUGCGGAGCCCUCCCAGGAGGAAGCCGGAGUGCCGGGCAGGCAAACACGAGCAGUGCGAGAGCCAGCUCAACAGCACCGUGGUGGGCCUGACCGUGGUCUACGCCCUCUGCACCCUCCCCGAGAACGUCUGCAACAUCGUGGUGGCCUACCUGUCCACUGAACUGACUCGCCAGACCCUGGACCUCCUGGGCCUCAUCAACCAGUUCUCCAUCUUCUUCAAGGGAGCCAUCACCCCCGUGCUCCUCCUGUGUAUCUGCAGGCCGCUGGGCCAGGCCUUCCUGGGCUGCUGCUGCUGCUGCUGUGCCGAGUGUGGUGGCGCCUCGGAGGCCUCAGCCGCCGGCGGCUCGGACAACAAGCUCAAGACCGAGCUGCCCUCCUCCAUCUACUUCCACAAGCCCAGGGAGUCGCCCCCGCUCCUGCCCCUGGGCACGCCUUGCUGAGGCCAGGCUGCAGCCUGGGUGGGGG